UUUGAAAAUUAAUAAGCGGCAUUCGAAGCGCAACCACCUCGACAACGAGAUCAGACUGCUGAUCGAACGGUUUCGAGCGGAUAACCCGAGGAUAUAUAUAUAUAUAUGUAUAUAUGUGUGCGCGCGUGUAUAUGUAUAUAUAAUCUUGGCCGAGAUUGGAAGAAGAACACGACGAUGAUCGUGGAACUGGGCACCUAGUCGGUCGUGUCCGGACGCCGCUAAAAACCAAAUGGGCGAGCCGAAACCCGCCUCGUCUCCGCAGCCCAACGGCGGGGUGAAACAGAAGCCGACCAGCCUGAAUCUAGCGCCGGGUCCCGGUUUCUAUCGCAAUGUCAACGGACGUGCGAGCCUGAAUGAUCGUCAUCUACAGCACGUCACCGCUGUCGUCGGCGGUGAACGCGCCGCACGCGUCAACAAGUCAGCCUCGCCAAGCCCUGCCGGCACAGUCAACAACAAUCCCGAGUCCGGGAGUGGCGGCAAUUCGGCAACCUCCACCACCACGACCGUCCACCUACCAGCUCUACCAACAGUACCACCAUUAUCAGCACUAUCUUCAGCGUGGUCGUUGUCUGCAGAACUUGAAAAUUUGCUGGAACCCCCGCCCCCACCGGCCCCAACGGCCACGCCUCGAACAACCGCCGUUGUCAACGACCAUCACCAACACCACCAUCAACACCACCACAACCAGCAACAGCACCAACAACAACGCAACAACAACGUACAAUCGUCCCCGAUCAACCAGUUGCCCACCCGUAGCCCGAGUCACAAUGGUCACGGAUUCCCAUUGUACACCCCACCAGCCCCGAUACCAGCAUCCGGCGCAAAUAAAGUUCGCUCUACUCCCAACGGUCUACCCCAACCAACAGCACCGAGGCGUCCUCAUAGUAUUACCGCUCCAUCAUACCAUCACCACGUCUCAAAUGUCCACCACUCCCUUGGUCAACUCGGUGGUGCAAGAGCAAACGCAGCAUCGUCAUCAUCAGCACUAUCAUCAUCAUCAUCAUCAUCAUCACCAGCAGCAGCAACACCAACAAUCGUACAAUCAACAAACGGCGCACCAGGAUCAUCAUCAACAACACAACCGUCAUCACCGUGGGAUAACGUUGGGGGUGGGUCAUCACCAGCCGGCUCAAGUUCAGCAGCCGGCGUUGUAUCAUCACCAUCAUCAUCAUCAUCAACAACAACAACAACAGCAACAACAGCAGCAACAGCAACAGGGGUGGUACAACAACGGCGCGCCCAUUCGGUCGCCGGUACUCCAGUAUCUGUAUCCGCCGGGUGUGGUAGCAACAAUGGCGGCGGCGUCAAUGGUGUCAACGGGCAACAGGAGCCACGGAGCAACGGUGUCUCCCCAUCCGUCAACGGUGGUACAAUGGGACCCACGACUCGCAGCGUUGUACCACCCCAAUCUUUAUGGAACGGCCAGCUACAGCAACCCGUACCUAGGCGGCCUCACAGCAUCGCCUCGACACCCGUUACACCUUCACCAGGUGGCAUGCCUGCACCAGCAGCAGCACCAGCUCCACCACCAACACCAGCACCAACUCCACCACCAACAAAAUCACUCGGCCACGCGCCGCCUCUCCCUACCCUCCGCUCAGUCGCUUCUCCGCGCUUCCGCGCCCAGGCCGAGCCCGACGUUUCACGGCCUGCCGUUCCGCCCGUUCAACUGCGGCGUCUCCCCUAACGGGAACCCGAUCUUCCUCGGGUGCACUCAUCUGCACAACAGCAGCAGCUCGACGGGCACCACCGGCACGGGUAGCACCGGAACCAGAACCUCGACGCCGGCAACGAGCCCCGCGACUCCGCUCACCACCUCGCAAGCGAUACAGCA